UUCAUCACGCUGCUAAGCAGAAUCAUCACUGGAAACCAUGUGGCACGAACUGUUUGGACGAGAGAGCGGAGCGAACACUGGUGGCUGUAUAUAGCAAGAAAGACCUUCAACCCUCAGCAAUGGAUCGAAAACUUCAGAAUGAGCUACGGAACCUUCCGAUGGCUUUGCGAGUCGCUCAGGCCUUACAUCUCCAAGGCAGAAACCAGGAUGCGACGGCCUAUUCCUGUGGAGCAGAAAGUUGGUGCUGUGUUGUGGUUUCUUGGAACCACGUCAGAUUAUCGGACCAUUGCUCACCUUUUUGGAAUAUCCAGAGCCUCACUGUGCAUCUUCGUCAAGGAUGUUUGUGAGGCAAUAUGCAAUCAUCUGACGCCACAGUUUGUGAAGCUACCCACUGAUAGAGAGGCUACAAAUAUUAUGGAGUCAUUUAAAGAAAAAUGGGGAUACCCUACUUGCAUAGGCGCUGUUGAUGGCUCACACAUACCCAUUGUCGCUCCACAGGAGAGACGAGUUGAUUAUUUUAAUAGAAAGGGCUGGUAUAGUAUAAAUAUGCAAGCACUUGUAGACGAUAGGUAUAUGUUUAGAGAUCUCUGUAUUGGAUGGCCGGGAAGCACUCCUGAUGCUCAUGUUUUAGUUAACUCCCAGCUCUACCAGUUUUGGGAAAACGGUGUGUUCCCGCAUAUUCAAACAGAAAUCGAUGGUGUGAUGGUACCUCCCGUUAUACUUGGCGAUCCAGCAUACCCUCUCUUACCCUGGCUGAUGAAGCCUUAUCCAGAAAAUGCAGGGACAACUGAAGCCCAAAAAAAGUACAACCUCAUCCAUAGCCGGAACAGGAUGGUGGUAGAGAACGCCUUUGGGCGGCUAAAAGGGAGAUGGAGAAGGCUUUUAAAGCGAAUCGACAACAAGACAUCAAACGUUCCGAAUGUCAUAGCUGCCUGCUGUACCCUACACAAUAUCUGCGAGACCCAAGGAGAGGAUUUCCUUGAUCAGUGGGCCAAUGAGGCAAAUCAGCCACUUACCAACAAUUUGGUCGAUGGAGAUGAUAAUCCUGAUAUUAACAAUGGCCACGAUGUAAGAAAUGCCAUCUGUCGUUACUUUGCAAGUCAGAAUUAGCCUUACAUUGACUGAAAUAUUGUAUGUAUUGUAAAUAAUUUCUAAAAGUUGAGUUACAUAUUUUACAAUUAUUGAUAUGGUCCUUAAUUGGGAAAGUUGGGGAAAGAAGUAGAAGGUGAUGCAGGGGUCAGAGGCUGUAAUUGUGCUGGUUGCUGAGACAUCAUUUGGACCAUCAUUUUCAUCUCAUGUUCCUGAUCUUGAUUUCUCGUUCUCUCUUUAGCCUGUAAAAAUAAAAAUCACAUCUAUUUACGUUCAUGUCAAAUAUACAUAUAUUACAAUUUUUUUUUAUUAAAG